AGUCGUUUCCAUAGGGAUAGAAUUUGUUGCCACACCUCACCGUCAGGCUCGCAUCUCGCAUGAAUGGAACGAUAUUAGCUGUAAAAGCCUUGACUUAGGAAUGGAAACUGGAUGCAAAGAUUUCCGAGUUAACAUUUUAAGUCGGUGUCUGUCGAUUUAACAGGUCGCGGGAACAGGUUUCCCUUAAUUCAACUUUAAAGUGUUGUCUGUUUGUGUGUAGAGCUGAAGCUAAUUUAGCUGCUAGCCUAAAACAACCAGUCAGGCUAGGUAACGUUAACAUUACCGUUAGCCUGCGAGCUAGUCAUCCCUGGUCCAACAACAUAGACCAAAAAAUAGCGCAAACAUGCUUGAAUCUAUAUUUGACCUCCCGGUGGAAAAGCAGAUAUUUUAUGCUGUUUUGGGAUUUUCGUGGACAGUGUAUCUUUGGGAGGCAUACCUGUCUUACAGACAGAGGAGGAUAUACAGAUCAACAACACAUGUGCCACAGGAACUAGGGAAGAUCAUGGAUUCUGAAACAUUUGAGAAGUCACGUCUUUAUCAGCUGGAUAAAAGCAACUUCAGCUUUUGGUCUGGACUCUAUUCUGAGACUGAAGGGACGUUGAUCCUGCUCCUGGGUGGAAUCCCACUUUUGUGGGGCGUCGCCGGUUCUGUGACAACUCGCUUUGGAUUUGGUUCAGAGUACGAGAUCACCCAGUCACUCGUGUUUCUGACGCUCGCCACGCUGUUCAGUGCCUUAACUGGACUUCCCUGGAGUUUGUACAACACAUUUGUCAUUGAGGAGAAGCACGGCUUUAAUCAGCAGACGAUGGGGUUCUUCCUUAAGGAUGCAGUAAAGAAGUUUGUUGUGACCCAGUGUAUCCUGCUGCCUGUCACCUCACUGCUGCUGUACAUCAUCAAGAUUGGUGGAGACUACUUUUUCAUCUAUGCCUGGCUCUUCACCCUGGCUGUUUCUCUGGUACUUGUAACAAUCUAUGCUGACUACAUUGCUCCCCUGUUUGACAAGUUCACUCCUUUGCCAGAAGGAGAGCUGAAGACAGAUAUUGAGGCCAUGGCCAAGAGUAUAAGCUUCCCCCUCACUAAGGUUUAUGUAGUUGAAGGUUCCAAGCGCUCGUCACACAGCAACGCGUACUUCUAUGGGUUCUUCAAGAACAAACGCAUUGUGCUGUUUGACACACUGCUGGAAGACUACUCGCCUCUCAACAAGUCUGGAGAGCCGCAGCCAGAGCAGCCAGAGAGCGAUAAUACAUCCAGUGACUCAAAAGCCAAGCCCAAGAACAAGAAACAAGGAUGCAACAACCCCGAGAUCCUUGCAGUCCUGGGUCAUGAGCUGGGUCACUGGAAGCUUGGCCACACUGUCAAGAAUAUCAUCAUCAGUCAGAUGAAUUCCUUCUUGUGCUUCUCCCUGUUUGCUGUUCUGAUUGGACGUAAGGAGCUCUUUGUAGCUUUUGGCUUCGAUGACAGCCAACCCACAUUAAUAGGCUUGAUGAUUAUCUUCCAGUUCAUCUUCUCCCCAUACAAUGAGCUCCUGUCCUUCUGUCUGACAGUCCUGAGUCGCAGGUUUGAGUUCCAGGCGGAUGCCUUUGCACGCAGCAUGGGCAAAGCUUCCGAGCUCUACUCUGCCCUCAUCAAGCUCAACAAGGAUAACCUGGGCUUCCCCGUGGCUGACUGGUUGUUCUCCAUGUGGCAUUAUUCCCACCCUCCCCUCCUGGAGCGCCUCAGAGCGCUGGGCAACGUCAAGCAGGACUGACGGGGAUGGAAAGAGGAGUGGCGACCGCUGCCUCCUCCAAAAGGCCUCCGCAGACCGCUCCUGGCCCUGUGAUGCACCCUGGUCUUUUUCUACCUAUCUACCACCCGACCACCCCCCACCACCACCAUCUCGUUUUAUCUUGUUUUAGUAAUUUCUCUACUCUACUUGCCAUACUUUCUAUUUUGUUUCCUUUGAAACUUUGUUUUAAACAAAACCAAAACAUAUCAGCACAAGCCAGCCUCCAAAAAUCUGAAGCCUGAAUUGAAGUCUCCGCUCUUUCUCUAGAGACACCUAAUAUGCACUCGCUGAGAGCAAUACUUCUGGGCAAUGUGUGUUUAGCAAAAGCUCAUUGUCACUGAAAUUAUUUAAUUUCUGUACAAUUUGAUUAUAACUUUGUUCUAAAAAGGAAAAGUAACAAAGACAAUGUGUCAUUUCAAUACCUGAAAUUUUACUUGCAGAACUAUGCGUUUCUGUUGUGAUGUGUACAUGACAUCCAGCCGUUAAAGGCACGAGAGUAUUUUUGUAAACAUAUAAAGUGGUUAAUCCUACAGUAAAGUCCUACUGAGUUUCAUGUCUUGUGGAUUUAAAAAACAAACAAAAAAGACACAAUAGGUGGGCAGACAGACAACUUUAUAUGUACUCAUGACAAUGCUUUUUGCAGAUCCACAGGCCAGAAUUUGAUUUGUCCCUCAAGCGCAACAGUUAUAUAAAUAUCUCCAGGCAAGCUCAAGAGUAAAAACGUUAAUCCAGUCAUCAACUCAAAGUCUCAGUUUUGCAAGACGAACUAUGUAGACACUUUGUCACAGUUAAAAAAUGUGAGUGCCUCUAAUUAUCUCUUGUUUUUGUUCAGAUAAUGGACGCAUCAUGAACAGAGCAGUGCAGAAAAUUUAAUUUGAAUUUAGGUUAGACUUGUGAUUUUCAUUUUUUAACAUGCAUUGGGGGGAUCUUGUUUUACUUUUUCUAAACCACUUGCUUGUCGACAAGGUUCCAACCUUACCUGUACAUAUGUAACUUUGAUGAGUAGAGUAAUGGUGUAUGAUGUAAUUUGUGAAAAAUGUUGAAUGUGGUUUGAAAUUUUAAGUUGAUACUGUGUUUCUUAGUUUCUUCUCUUGGUUUUGGGCCGGAGUGAGCCCUUGCCUAGCAAGCAAAAUAUUUACAGGGGACUUGGGGAAGGGGGUCUGCGUGGUUCCUUUCACCACAUAAGCCAGUGCUUGGUUUGUUCAACAAGGGGACUGUAUAAUUUCUUUGCAGCAUUGAAUAAAAUCCUUCAAAGCA